AUGAAUUAACAAAUACAUUUCAAAUUCAUACUACAAUAUCUAGAGUUUAGCUCUAAAUUUGAUCAAUAAUAAUAUGAAUUGUCAAUUAUGUUAAAGAGAGGAACACUUGCUCCAUAAACUAUUAUUAAUAAAAUACAAAUAAGAAAUCCUGAAAGAUCUUUCAAUUUAUGCAGAUUACCUAUUGAUCAAAUUACUGAAUUCUAAUAGAAAAUCAUCAAUAAAGAUGGGGUCUAUCUUGAUUAUAAUGUAUUAUUCAAUCAUUUCUAUAUUAGAUUAAAUUCUUAUUUUAUCUAGGAGGUAAUCAACUUGGAGAUUGUCUCAUUAAUUUAGCAUACUUUCUCAAUUCAGAAAAUGAUUAAGACUAAAAACUUAAAAAAUCUUUAACAUCUACAAAUGAUAAACGUGCUGCCUUAUAUUAUAGAGUUAUUAGACAAUCUUCACAAUCACAAUUCGAAUCUUAAGAAUUUCCUCAAAUUAAUAUUCCAAUGCCUUCACCUACACAUACUCCUAUUACUUAAUAAGUACCAUAAACUACUAGAAAUUCUAAUACUCGUAAAUUCGAAUUUACUAAUCGAACUACUAGGGCAAGAAGUUAAUCUCCUCCUAAAGAUUUCAAAAGUACUGCACUUCUUAACAAAAUUGAUGAAUAAUCUAAUUAACAAUAAUCGAAUUAACAAUAAUCUAUCAAAUAACCAUCAGAUAAUCUUACUUAAAAAUUUAUGUAACUUGGUGAAAAGUUUUCUUAAGAAAAACUAUCUUAAGUCAUUCCAUCUCCAUAAAUUGAAGAUUAUGAUAAUUUUAAAGAAAUCACUGAAAUGCUUACUAAAUAAGAAGAAGAAUUAUAAAAAUAGAUAGAAUAAUUAGAUACACAUAUCAAAAUGGAUUCUAAAUAAAGAAAAAUUAAUUUUGAUACCAAUAUACCCAACUUUACAAAUACAAAUAAUAAUAACCAAGAACUCUAAUUAUUAAAAUCAAAAUAUGUUCAAUUAGAAGAUUCAUACAAUAAAGCUAUCGAAGAACAUUAACAUUUAAAAAGAAUUAUUAGGUAAAGUGGUGAGUAGCUUAAAAAAUAGAAUUAACUUAAUCAAUCAGGAUAUAAAUAAUUAACUGAUAAUUCUCUUAAUCAAUCUACAAUCUCUAAUUAAGAACAAUUUGAAAGAACUAUUGAAAAAAAAAAUCAGAUUAUCAAAGAUUUAUCAAAUUAAUUAAUAGAAUUAGAAAAAAAUUCCAAGGCUUCUCUUAUUGAACAAUUAAGAAAUCAAAUUUAUAGAUUAGAAUAACUUACAAUAGAAAAAGAAGAAUAAUGGUCAAACUAAGAAAAAAUUUAUAAAGACAAGAUUUUUUAAUUGUUAUAAAAUACAGAGUGA